AUGCGCAAGAAUUUGAAAAGAAGACUUCCCUUUAUUUCUGGCUUUUGCAAACAGCCUAUGAAAAAGUGGCCAGCGGUGUUGCUUUCAUGUUUGAAAACAGCAUUUAAAGGUGGGAAGGGUAAAGGAAAAAUAGUACCUCGGUAUCUUUUUAGUGCCGCUGUUUUUGCUUUUAACAUAGUUGCAGGUAUUCACAAUUUUAACCCAUCCCAUGUACAUAACUGUGUGAUGAAGUAUAAGAUCCUAUGCCAUGGCACCAGAAGGAAUGUAUUACUACUUGCUCAAAAAAAAAAAAAAAAUGUAAACUGA